AAAAAGCACCCUCUACCAUCAAAAGGUGACAACGCGGGAAAUCUAACCAGCGAGCGCGAAUUUCUAUGCAGUGCUUGAGGUACGAGGGCCUUGAGACUCACGGGGCUGCGCUGGGCUAGCUGUCUUGGAAAGUGUGUUAGGUCGAUUGGAUUGGUUUGCGCCGAGGCUCUUCAAUCAGUGACAUUUAUCGAGGUCGAAAUACGAGCAUUAUGGCUACUGUCAGUGAAGACGACCUCUCUGAGCAGUUUGAGACGUUUGGAGUAACGUUAGACACCAAUGAUCCUGACAUUGUUGACAAAUUGAAAGAAUUAUGUUUGUUAUACCGCCUGACAGCAGAAGAUGCGGUGGCCGAGUGGAUUGCGUUCUCUACGACUCACAGCGGACUGGCAAUUAACAUGGAUACGCUGGAGCAGCUGGAAAGAGAGACUCUGAGCAAGAAGAGCUCUAAAGUGAAGACCCCUUCCAGCCGUAAACCAGCAGGCAAGCAGACGUCAUUCGCAAUGCUUGAUGAUGAUGAUGAAUCAGAGGAUUUGCUUGAUGCGUAUACUCCCGGCCCUAAGGCCAGACAGAAGAAGAGAGUCAUGACGACACCAGACAACGUCAGCAGCAAGAGGACGCCCCUGAGAGAACACAAUAUCAAGAAAGAAGAGGACAUUACUUCAUCUGCGGGCUCGCCUUCAUUGACUGCUACUCCUUCUCAGAAGUACAGCAGUCGCAGCAAGUCAGGAGAGGUGGUGGCCAGCUUUGGACCGGUCACUACGGUCAUCUGGGAGGGGUCAAACCUGACCAACUGCUGCGUGUCUCGAGGUCAAGUCGACCCGUGCAUGAAGAACUCUGACAAGUACAAGUACAUGAUGCAAAAGAUGAAGAAGAAAGCAGAAGUGCUGAAUGAAAUGAUUGAGGACAUGUCAAAAACCCUUCAAGAGAAGCACAACAUUGAGAGUGUAUCCCAUCUGGCAUUACCUAUACAGGAACCAGAAACGGUAGUCGGUAGGAUCUGCUGUGACAGCAACGGUCGUCUCAACGCUCAGUCUGUCAUGAUGGAAGGAUCAGUAGAGACGUCUGCCGGUAAACAAGUCGCCGUCAGUCUAGCAGAGGUCAAGGAGUACUCUCUGUUUCCUGGUCAGGUCGUUGCUAUGGACGGGGUCAACAGUGCUGGUGUCAAGUUUGUGGCUUCCAAGAUAUAUCCGGGUGUGGCAGGAGAGUUCAAGCCUACAGACUGCUCAGAGGCUACAGGUAACCUUCACCUCCUGGUUGCAGCGGGUCCGUUCAGCACCUCGGAUAACCUCAGCUUGGAACCUCUGGAGGAUCUUAUCAAGGUUAUCAAGAAGACCAGGCCUGAUGCUUGUAUUUUGCUGGGACCCUUUGUCGAUGUUGAACACGGUCAAAUCAAGGAUGGAUCUCUUGGUGAGAGUUAUGACAAGGUCUUCAGUGACAUCGUACAGGCCAUCGUCAGGAAAACAGAAAGCGUUGGAUGUGAGCUGAUCUUCCAACCUUCUUUGAGAGAUGCCCAUCAUCACUUCAUCUAUCCUCAACCUCCCUACAGUGAGAUCAAGAACCAGCCAAAGAGAGUGCACUUUGUGGCUGAGCCAGAGAUGAUUAAUAUCAAUGGGAUCAACAUAGCUACCACCUCAACAGACAUCUUGUUUCAUCUCAGUCGAGAAGAGAUAUCAUGUCCCCCAGGUUCCUCGGACCGCCUGGGUCGUCUUGUUCGUCACAUCCUCACCCAGCACAACUUCUACCCACUUUAUCCGGCCUCGGAAGAGGUUCCGGUAGAUUACGAAAAGUUCCACCAAUACGGCAAGAUGGGGUGUGCUCCUCACAUCUUCGUCUGCCCAUCUCGGUUACGCUUCUUUGUGAAGGAAAUCGAAAGUGCUGUCUGCAUCAAUCCCGGUCUGCUGACCAGUGGUCAAGUUGGAGGGACAUAUGCUAGACUAGUCGUCAAAAAUACUGGCCCAGGGAAUGAUGAGAAGACCGACAACAAAGCCGUGAACAGGACUGCAGUGGAGAUUGUCAGAAUAUGAGAUGGAAAGAGACUUUUCAUGCGAAAAUCAAACAGUAGCAAUUUGCUCUUGAUGAAAGCUGGAAAUGAAUUCAUACAAUCCCUAAUUUUCAGAUUUUAAAAAGAUUUUUGGUGCCAGGUCAAGGCAUGCGACAAUUAGGUAAUCGAUACGAGCUUAUAUCUCAACGAUGGACAACCCAAAAAUAUUGGCUUAGGCACCAAAAAUAGCAUUGAGA